UAUACUGCAGCGACUGACUGGCGGCGACUAAUACGGCAAGACAGGUUCGCCUAUGUUGACUCCCACAUGGCUUUCGCAUACCCUUUAUUUAAUACUUGCGCUCCAAGCUGACCCACAAUCGUAACUCAAGUCAGUGCCAAUUGUGAUCUCGAAUGGAGAACAGUGCGCGCAAUGCUCGCUCUUGAUCAAGGUAAUAAAUGGCAUCCAGGUUUUUAAGGCAGAUCAGUUUAGUGCUCAGCCUACUGCUAUUAUGCAGCACUGCUACGCUGCUGCUGUGCCUUCUGAUGGAGCAAAUGGAAAUGCCUCGUUUGAGCCUUCGAAGACCAGCAGUUGCUCUCCAGCAGAUAGAGCCUCUUCUCAACUUUUCCUCCUUUCACUACUUAACUAGUCCCUAUGCUUGUCACCCUGAGGAGGAAAUCAAAGCACUGGUGAUAGUCACUUCUCAUGCUGGUGAUUUAAAGGGGCGAAUGGCCCACAGAAGAGGAAUGCCGUCAAAGAUUUUGAAUAAGAUGAGAGUCCGAAGAUUGUUUUUGCUGGCGGUGUCAAGGGAAAAUCAAAAAGGGUAUGCUUAUGUGAAUCAAACAACUGUAGAGGAUGAGGCCAUGAUGCACGGAGACCUGGUUCAAGGAAACUUCUUGGAAGAUUACCACAACUUAACUUAUAAACACACCAUGGGUCUUCGCUGGGCUGCACAGUUUUGCCCUCAAGCUCAGCUACUGAUAAAAAUGGACGAUGACAUAGCCGCCGACUUGCCCAGACUAAUUGCACUGGCCCCAUCGAUGGUUCACCACAACAUGCUGGGAUAUGUUUUAGAUGGACUAACUCCAGAAAGGCACAAAACAAAGUGGCGCGUGUCAACAAAAGACUGGCCUGAGAGUCAUUACCCUAGGUUCCUAUCUGGAUGGCUUUAUGUGACAACCCCCCUGGUGGCAGGGAAAGUGCUGAACGCUCUGGGACGGGACUUUUUCUGGAUUGAUGAUAUGUUCAUCACGGGGGUGGGCAGUUUGAGGGCGAAAGUACCGCUCAUGGAUCUCAGCCCCUAUUUCGCGUUAAAUUCCGAGAGUGUGCAUUGCUGUCUGCAAGGCAGGGGCUGCGACUUUGUUGUCGCACCCACGGGCUCUGACUGGCCUCUCCUUGAGGCGUACCUGCGACUGACAAGGACUUCAGCGGUCUACCGGAGGGGUCGAGGAAACUGUGUAGUAACAGACGACCCAAAUGAAAAGCCAUUUGGGCCUGGAAGAGGACAAAUCAAAGCAGUUGUUCUGUGAAAUGGGGUUUGUAGAAUCUAGUCACCAUCGUAUUUAUAAAAUUUCCUUAAAAAUUUAGUAAAAUGUUUAUUUUCAAACUCCUUUGAAUAAAUUAUCAUGUGUAAACUG